AUCUGAUUCAAUAUGGAUUUUACAAAAGUGAGAUGCAUGCAAGAAGAGCCAAGUCCCAGGCAUUUUAUGUUCCUGAAAAGAUGCGAGUCUUCUGUCUGUUAGUGUUAGUACCUUGAUAAUUCUGAAAUGCAGAAGACGAAAGGUGAGGACUGACCUGACAUACAGAAUGGCAAACUUAAGUGAAAACGCUGAAGUUCCAGAGAAACCAGUUCGUGAAAUUAGUUUUGAGUUCAACAAAAGAACAAAAUUCCAGGAUUUAGCGCUAUGGCAAGAAGUGGAGGUCUGUACUUUCAAAAAAGCUGAAAAAGAGCAGGAGAGGCUGAGAAGUGGCCCAGCUAACUAACGAUUUUGUUCAAUUGUACUCUGAACUGCAACAGAGUUUUCUUUCCGAAUGAUCGAACAGCUCUCCCUUUCAAAACGCAUUUGGAAUUCCUUUCCGUUAAUUUCAAUGUGUUUGGAGUUACAGCAUUACCAGCAUCAGCAGUUCAGCUAGGGGAGGAAGAGGGCUGUGUCAUAUUCAUGAUUCACCUUUCUUCCAGGAGUACAAGAGACAGCAAGCAUGGGAGAAUUCUUUGAUUUUAUUGCCAUAACAAUUGGGUUGGAAAACUGUUGCUGAGAAAGCAUAGCUGGCCUAAAAACACAUAUUUUUUAACCCAGCAAAGAUAGUCCAAGUCAGUAUUCCACCCAGUUAAUACUCACCAGUGUGUCAGUUUAGGCCCAUUUGCUAUUUUACACGAUGGGCCUUAAUAAAUACAGAGUGGAACAUUGGUCAGUGGCCGGAAUUGAGCUGAAUUGAAAUAAAUAUGAAUUAUUCCACCUUUACACAGUGACUCUGCUGUAGCCUGAAGCUUUCAUGCAAUUCUGUAGUCACUUUGAAACUUAGACUUUUUAAAUUCAGUGGGACUUAACUCCCAAAUACUGUAGAUAGGUGUCGGUUUGAAGCCAGCGUAGAAAAGAUCAGCAUGAGCUGGUCAAGGCCUCUGUAGAAUCUUAUGAAGCCUAUGUAAGCUAGUCUGAUAAAUUAAAUGCAGAAUUAUUUCUUGGAAAGUCCAAUGGUUGUAGACACUGGUGCCAUUCCUACUUCUGAUGGUUGUAACUAAGGGUGAUUUAACCUGAAAAUGAUACGACUAAACCUUAUUUUAUUUAACUUCUAUCUUCAGGUAAAAGAACUUGUUCUUGACAACUGCAGGUCAAAUGAAGGAAAAAUUGAAGGCCUCACAGAUGAAUUUGAAGAGCUGGAACUAUUAAGUACAAUCAAUGUAGGCCUCACCUCAGUUGCAAACUUACCAAAGUUAAACAAACUUAAGAAGCUCGAAUUAAGUGACAACAGAAUCUCAGGAGGACUGGAAGUAUUGGCAGAAAAGUGUCCGAACCUCACACAUCUAAACCUAAGUGGCAACAAAAUAAAGGAUCUUAGUACAAUAGAACCUCUGGAGAAGUUAGAAAACCUGAAGAGUUUAGAUCUUUUCAAUUGUGAGGUCACUAACUUGAAUGACUACAGAGACAAUGUCUUCAAACUUCUCCCUCAACUCACAUAUCUGGAUGGCUACGAUCGAGACGAUAAAGAGGCCCCUGAUUCGGAUGCAGAAGGCUAUGUGGAAGGCCUAGAUGAUGAAGAGGAGGAGGAGGAGGAUGAAGAGGAAUAUGAUGAAGAGGCUCAGUUAGGGGACUAUGAAUUGGAGGAAGAGGAGGAAGAGGAAGGAGAAGAGGAGGAUGUGAGUGGAGAAGAGGAGGAGGAUGAAGAGGGUUAUAAUGAUGGUGAAGUAGAUGAUGAAGAGGAGGAUGAAGAAGCUGAUGAAGCACGGGGAGAGAAGAGAAAACGAGAGGCCGAUGAUGAAGGCGAGGAGGAGGAUUAAAUGCGACGUAAUCUGUUUUGGGAGAAAAUAAGUUUCCUAUUGUGAUUUGACUGUUUAUACCCUGUAUUUUCACCCCUUCUCACCCCCUCCCUGGAAUGUAAUGUUGCUGUGAGAUCAAGAAGGAAAUGCUUAAUUUUGUGGGCAAGGGAAUUAAAAUAACGUUUUUAAAAAAAAACUGCCGCUCAAACUGCUACAUUUUGUUUCUGAAAAAUUUAUUUUAUCUGUUAUUCCUGUUCAUGCAAUAGCAAAUAGAAUGCAAGAGAUAAGUUUGUUUUUCUUGGAGUGGCUCAUCCUGGACUCUUUGGAUUUUUUAAAAAAAGUUUUUUAAAAAUAAAUAUGAGCCAGAAGAUUUCCACAAUGAUUCAAAUUGAUGGCCGGAAUGGGGAGGGGAGAGGGAUAAUUGGGCCCGAGGACUCAGUGGCUUCCUUUUUUCCUUUUUGCCAGUUUAUGAGGAUAUUGUAAGUCUUUCUUUCUUCUCUUCUGGAUGCAGCAAAAUUGGCCGUGGGAGCAUUCCAGCCGCCACAGCAGGGGUGCAGCAGCAUCUUGAUAAACAAAGUGUUUUCUUGUUACCUGUUUUGUGAAUGGCUGCCGUUCCCAGAAACCCCUUUUCUUCCACUUCCUAUCGGUAACAUUUACUUGGCUGUUUGUAAAUAGUGACCAAAUAUGUAAUUUCUCUCUUUCUCUCUUUCCUUUUUAUUUGGUUUGUGGGGGUGACUUUGCAAAUUUUUAUUUUAAAAAAUCUUGUAGAGCACGGCUCCCUUGGUAAGCUCUCCUUGCAUGGGAACUGCUCAAGAAUAUGGCAGGAUUCUUGUUCAGCUCCCAUUCCCUGUUGGCUUGUAUUCUGGCUAUUAAGGGAGUAUAGAACAGUUCUCUGUAAACGGCAGUCAUGGAAAUAUCUAUAAAUAUAUAUAAAAAGUGUUCCUAAUUUCCUGAGUUAACUGGUGAAUUGCAUUUGACAGUUGUAAUAAAAAAAGAAAAUGUUUGAACCCUUUUAA